CUACAUAACCUUGAAAUCAUAAUAAUAACAAAAGCGUCGCGACUGAGAUUUGUUAUCAAAUAUUGUGGGUGCUUCAACUCUCGUUUCAGAAAACGCGUUGUUCUGUUGUGAUGUGGAAUACGUGAUUUUGUCUGUAAUUUCUCCAGGAUGGGCGACAUAAGAGCCGGUCUCGAGGAAUUAAAGCUUGACGGGGCCCUAUUCGCCGAUGUUAAAUACUACGUCAGCGGCGAAGGUGAUCCUAAGAUUUUAAAUUUACUACAAGAGGGAGGUGCUGAAAGAUCAAAUUAUUUUAGUGAUUUUGUUACGCACUUAAUAGCUGGUUAUGAUGCACUGGAAAAUGAUAUAUCUGCUGCAAAGGAUAUCUAUGAAAUUCCAGCAGUUACGCAGAAUUGGAUUUUAUAUUCUGUCAAAUGCAAUAAACUCUUACCGCCUCAGUACUUCUCUCCUGAAGAUACGCAGUUAUUUUCAAAUAUACGAGCAUGUGUGUCUCAGAUAAGCCGCGCAGAUAGUAAAAGUCUAUGGGCAAUGAUCACACUUCAAGGUGGUAAAUGUCAAUUACGCUUAGAUCGGUAUUGUACUCACUUAAUUACUGGAAAGGCUGCUGGAUUGAAGUAUGAAACUGCAAUGAGGCAUCCUAUUCAAAUUGUAACUCCAGAUUGGGUAACAGAAUGUUGUAAAAAAGGAACUAUCAUAAGUGAAGUGGAAUAUCAUCCAAGACUUUUAAUAUACCCAAAUAGUUCUACGGCCAUGAUUACUGGCUUUAUGGAUGAAGAUACUGAAAAUAAUACGGCACAAGAAGAACAAGAGAGAACUAAAGCUAUGUUAGAGCAAUUGAAACAACGGAUGCCUUGGAAUCAACCAAGUCCACCAGUAUCUUCCAAUAAUUCUCAUAACAUAAAUACAGCUACAGCAACUGUAACAACAAUCCCAUAUACAACAAAUGGACAAAAUAAUGUUAAUCCACAGCAACAUCUUCCACGACCAAUUCCAACAACAAGUUUAUCUAAUGCUUCCACAAUUGCGUCUUCUGUCUCUGAUCAAAAUGUUACACAAACUACUUGGUUGCCACAAACUUCUCAACAAAAUAAUGUAACUCAAAUGAAAUCAGUACCACCACAAAUACAACAACCUGAAUUAUCACCACAACAACACCAACAACAGCAAAUGAAUAUGCAACAUACAUUACUACAACAGCAACAACAAUUAAAUCAACAACAACUUACACAUCAACAAUUACAGCAACAGCAAUAUACACAACAACAGCUUUUGAACCAACAGCAAUCUCCACAAUUAACAACUCAACAACAGCAACAAUUGAUAGGAACACAGCAGCAAUCACUUACACAGCAACCAUUGAUGUCGCAACAACAACAACAACAACAAAUCAAUUCUCAACUACCUCAGCAUCAAAUGUCAUCAUCUCAAUUAUUAACACAACAAAAACAAUUAAGCCAACAUCAAAUUCUUUCGCAACAACAUUUAUCCCAGCAGCAACAACUUACUCCUCAACAGCAAUUAGUUCAACAACAACAAGUGCAACUAACACCCCAGCAGCAGCAACAAAUAGUUUUACAACAACAGAUUCCUACUCAACAACAACAAAUUGGAACACAACAGCAUCAAUUGAACCAGCAACAAGCUCCACCACAACAACUUACAUCUGAACAACGUCAACUUAUAUUAUUACAACAACAACAACAACAGCAAAAGAUUCAACAAAUUUCUCAACAGCUGCAACAGUCUGCACCUCAAAGUUCACAACAAUUUGUUAUAAGAGAUGGUCAAUUGCAACAACAACCUCAGAAUCAACAAUUAAUGGGUCCUAAUCAACAAGGUUUUAUUGUACAAAGAGAUUCGCAGUGGCAACAACAACAGUAUCAUUUACAACUGCAGAGACAGCAACAACAGCAAAUUGGCCCACAGAGACCAAGUGGACAAUGGAGUCAACAACCACCACAACCACCAAGACAAUUAAUUCAAUUGGAUGCCCAAACUCAUCAACAGUUGCAACAAAUGGACCCACAGCAAAGGGCACAAUUUAUCCAAAAAAUUCAGAAACAAAGAAAUUUAUUACUACAGAGGCAAAUGCAAAAUCGUCAAGCGCAACAAGGCGCGCAUAUCGCCGUCAUAAGAAGUCCAGGAAAGCCGGUUCAACCUGGUGGUUUACAGUGGAUCCAGCAACAGCGUCCUCAGAUGAUAGGUCCUCAAAUUGCACAAACACCUGGUCAAAAACCAGUGCAUUCUGGAGUUCAACCACCAGCUUUAACACCAAUUAAUUCUUCCAACCAAGUGAUCGUGCAAGCCAGUCAAAAUCAGCAGCAACAACAACAGAGCGCGCAGCAAGAGCCUCCUUUAACCUCGUUGUCGAACAAUACCCAAUUACCACCAGAUCAACAAUUAGUCGUUAACGCAAAGACAAAAACCGCCCUGGCAAACAUGUUGACAAGUAGAUUACAAGGUAGUGCUACUGAGGGUAGUGCAGCUGGUCAAUUGAGAUUGAUGACCGCGCAACAUAGACCACCACCACCACCAUCUCAAGAUCCACAACUGUUAGCGGCAUAUCAGCGAAGAACUGUUGGAAACAUCACAAACGGGGCGCCUCCCGGUGCACCAAUAAAGAUGCAAUAUGCUCCAGUGGUGCCCCAGGCAAAAGCUCAGUUUUAUGGUCACAAUCCAAAUCUAAAACUACCACCAGAUCUAUUUUUGCUAGGUUGUAUCUUUGUUAUUGUCGAAUACGACGUGCAACGUCCGAACGAUGUUUCCAUAUGGAAACAAGUAAUCGAGAGACACGGUGGAGAAGUAGAACCACAAUAUUGUACUCGUGCCACUCACAUACUUGCGAUCACGCAGAAACAUCCAACGGUGGUGCAGGCUUUACGUGAAGGAAAACGUUGUGUCAGUGCUCACUGGUUAUCGGAUGUAGUCAGUAAACAGCAGGUAGUACCACCUUGGCACGCACUGCAUUUUCCAACACCAUUCAGUUUGACAGAGCUUCCAUGUGCAAAACAAAUUGUAUCGUUAUCUGGAUUUGAAGGAGAAGAACGAGCGAAGGUGAAGUAUAUGUUGGAAGCAUUAGGAGCUAAAGUUACCAAUUACUUCACCAGGCACAACACUCUUCUCGUUUGCAGAAGACCGGACGGUCAAAAAUAUAAGAAAGCUCGAGAAUGGCAAACUGGAGUGGUAAAUGCUCAAUGGUUGACGGACUUGUUGUGUGGACAAAUGAACGCGCUCCAUCAAACCGAAAAUCCAAAAUAUCAGCAGUAUAGCCUGAGCAAUCCCUUUAGAUUGGAUUAUUCGCUAGUGCCUCACUUAAUGGCUGCAUGGAAGAUGCCAAUAAACAUUACUCAGGAAUCAUACGAUAAAGUGAAGCAGGUUGGUCAGGGACCAAAUUCGAUAAGAAAGUAUAAGAAGCCGCGAUUAGAUGGCCCGUUAUUGAAUAAAGAUCCACAUUUGUUGGGCUUAGAUGAACCAAUAGUUGUUAGUAAUCCAGAUCCUCCGCCUCCGGAUAAACAACCGAGAAUAUUGUUCUCUGGUAUUAACCCUAGGAAGCACGCAAAGAGAAUCCGGGAAUUAGGUGGUGCAUUGGCAGCCAGUUGGCGAGACGCGACUCAUCUUGUGAUGACGGCACCAAGGAGGACUGUAAAAUUGUUAUGUUGCUUGUCACGUUGUAAAUAUAUUGUCACGUUGCAGUGGUUACUUGAUUGUUCUGCGAGGAAUACAUUUUUAGAUGAAAGUGGAUAUAUGCUUGGAGAUCCAGAAUUCGAGAAAAAUUUUAAUUGUAAUAUUGAGAAGGCACUGGCAAGCCCCAAUAGAGGAACAGUACUUAAGGGUAAAAUAUUUUAUGUUACACCAAGCGUAAUACCAUCGCCACCAGCAAUUGCAGAAAUAAUUGAAAGCGCGGGUGGAACAAUGGAAAAAACACGAAGAUCUAUUGCACAGAUUCAAGAAAUGAAUAGUAAUAAAUUAACUUAUAUCAUCAUCACUCAUGAAAACGAUCUACAUCUUCUUUCUGACAUUUUACGUGUAAAUAUCAGUGUGUUCAGUGCAGAAAUCGUACUAGGAGCAGUUGCACGACAAUACUUCCAAAGUGAACAAAUCUAAAUACAGUGCAAUUUCUAACGCGCUGCAUUCUAAUUCUUAAUACGGGCUUGCUACAUCCUAGUAAGCUAUUUUGGAGAUGAAAAUUUUUGCUUACCUUCUUCAAUGGGACAAUAAAGAACAUAAUUUUAUGAUAAAGGAGGAACUAUUUUCACUGAAAACAUUCCAAAACCUCUCCUUUCAUGCUUCGUUUUUAAAAAAUAGCAUAUUUUACGUAACAUAUCGAUAUAAAUUAUUUGAUAGUCCUGUUUUUUGAAGUAAGGAUAUAUUGUUCAUUUGUAAUUAGGAAGUAUUGUUUUAAUUAGCAUUUUGUAGUUAUUUUUUCUAGGACAGUCAUUGUCUCUCUUUACACGAAUAUAUUUCUCAUGUUUUGUCGUAUAUACAGUAUAUACAUAUCAUUCAAGUUUGUAUCGUUGUACACUUAUUUUCUUCCAUUCUAUAUGUUUCGCUCAUCAUUAUCUUUAUACAAUAAGAAAUGAUUUAUGUGUAAAAGUGUAUAAUUGAAAAUAAAUAGAAAU